UGAUUUUUCGCGAAAAUGAACGAAAAUGCUCUCAUUUGGUUUCAAAUUUCAGUUUUACUGUUUAAAAUAUGCAGUGCCCAAGAUCCAACAGUCAUGAUAAGAGAUACAGUACCAGAAACAGAGGACAAUAAUAUAAUUGUUGUAGAACGAGAUACAGAACUGAUUAUGAACUGCUAUGUGGAGAAUUUAUAUCAAGCAUAUUUGUUAAGAUGGCAGCGGGAGUACAUUGACAAAGAUGACGGUUUGUUCAAAACCCAAUCCAUCUCUCAAGACAUGGCUCUGGACGACAACAUCCACUACAGUAUCGAGAAACCGUCGCAGUAUACGUGGAGUUUGCGCGUUCGUGGUGUGCAAGUUGCAGACGAGGGCAGGUACAUCUGCUUCGUCCAAAUGACGCAGAUAAGUAGAUCGAAAGAUUACAGGGAUGUUAAAGUUAUAGUGAAACCGUUUUUUGAGCCUCAAAAUAUCAGCCCUGACUCGUCAGCCAACGAAGGGGAGUCGUUGAAUUUGAUUUGUAACGCUACAGGCAUCCCCACUCCAAAUGUUAUCUGGAGUAGACUAGGAGGUGCCCUGCUCUCCAUUGGACAAGAAAAAUAUGAGGGGUCACAGCUCUCGCUCAGAAAUUUGCAAGCAGGCGACAGAGGCACGUACAGGUGCACGUCAAUGAACGGCUACGGUACAAAUGCUCACGACGUCGAAGUCGAUAUCAAAUUCAAACCAAUAGUAACCGUCGGUAAGCUAGUUUACGAGCAAGCGGUAGGAUAUCGAAUCGAGCUUCAAUGCUUCAUUGAAUCGAAUCCUCUUCCUAAGACGGAACUUACUGCUUGGAUAAAAGGGACGACCACUUUUACUCAAUCGUCGGAUAGGUACACGAUUAACUGGAUCGAAGGUGCCUUCAACAGGAUGACGUAUGAACUGAUUAUAAAAAAUGUUCAGCCUGAAGAUUUCGGAACGUUUUCAUGCAGAGUUACUAUUGAUGAAGAAAAAAAGAGUUCAACCGCUGGGACAAUAACUUUGAAACAGGUGAGCAUGGGAACGGGAAUCGAGAGAAUCCCAUGGCAUAGGAUUCCCAUGGGAAUUGAGUCAGACAAACCACAGCCAUCCAUCAAGCUAGGAAGAGUGAUAGGUGCCAAUGAGAAUCCCGAGGAAUCAUUUUCCCAUCAAGUGACAGCGCUCCUCAAUGAAUUUUUCAAACAGAUGGUUCUUGAGAUCCGCUCUGAACUUCUUAAGUGA